AUGGCGGACGACUACACGGAGCUGGAGAAGGCAGUCGUGGUCCUAGUGGAAAACUUCUACAAAUACGUGUCUAGGCACAGCCUGGUCAAGAAUAAGAUUAGCAAGAGCAGCUUCCGCAAGAUGCUCCAGAAAGAGCUCAAUCAUAUGCUGACGGACACAGGUAACCGAAAGGCUGCUGACAAGCUCAUUCAGAACCUAGACGCCAACCACGAUGGACGCAUCAGCUUUGACGAGUACUGGACCUUGAUAGGUGGCAUCACCAGCCCCAUCGCCAACCUCAUCCGCGAGCAGGAGCAGCAGAGUAGCAGCUAG